GCAAAGGUGGAGGUGAAUUGCUGAGGUCGGGAAACCUACAAAAAGGAGGAAAAGAGAGCUUCAUACACACGCCGCUCCAUUACUUGUACAUAUUGCGCACACAGCAAGCGGUCUCUUGGAAGCUCAGCAGAGACUCUCAUCAAAAGCAGAAACAAAUCAAGCCGUUAUAGAUACUCCCAAUUGUAUAUAGAAUCUGUCAGCGAAAACAAGAACCUGCAUAUAUAAACAGCAUAGAAUAAUCUAGGAUGUACAGACAGAUAACCGUCAGAAACUCCUUGAUGUUGCUAGGAAGUCGUUCCUUCAGUUCAGCACGCACUGUGCUUGCACCAAAAUCUCCAAUGCAAGUCUUCAUGGACACUUUCAAGAAAGAAUGGAAAAAGAGCUCAGAGCUAACCGACCAGAUCAAGCAGUUGAAGAGUGCCACCGAUGAGCUGGGUGACUCCGAAGCGUUCAAAAGAGCCAAGGAGGCCUACGCCACUGCGCAAAAGGGCUCGGGUAAGUUGAGCCAGGGUGUCCAGAGCACCGCCAAGGUGGUUGGUGAUGUUGCAUACAAGGCGUGGGAGUCACCGGUUGGUCAGGCUGUGAAAAAAACAGCCGAAACCACAGCAGAUGUUGUCGAUAAAGUUGUCGAGCCUGUGACCAAAACGAAGGCGUACAAAGACGUUUCUGAAGUUUUCAACGAAGGUUCAUCUUCUUACGGUCUCUAUGAAACCAAGGAAGAGAGACUAAAGAGAAGAGAGAAGGAGCUGGCCAAGAAGCCAAAAACAGUGAAGAGAAACGAGGAGGCAGGUAGCGCUCUGGUUGCAACCGACAUCAAGCCAACCUCGAGUUUCAAGGAGAACCUGAAAAUCGAACCAAACUCAGCUAUUGGCAAGUUUUUCUUGAUUUUGAGAGAAAAAUGGGAAGAAGCAGAAAACCCAUUGUUGGUUUUGAUCAGAACUAUUCUGAACAAAAUUGGUGGGCUAUUUGCUGAGACCGAGGCUGCCAGGGUUGUGAAACAGUUUAGAGACCUAGAUCCCAACUUCACUUCCAUUGCGUUCCAAAAACAGUUAAGAGAAUAUAUUGUGCCUGAAGUUGUUGAGGCUUACAUCCAAGGUGAUGAGAAGGUUCUCAAAAGCUGGCUGUCAGAAGCUCCAUUCAAUAUAUAUGCUGCUAAGCAAAAGCAGUUGAGAGACCAAGGCAUUUUCUCUGACGGUAAGAUUCUCGACAUUAGAGGCGUUGACAUUGCCGCAUACAAGAUUCUUGAGCCUAACAACAUCCCAGUCAUGGUUAUUGGUGCAAGAGUGCAAGAAAUCAAUCUGUACAGAAAGUUUAAGACCGGGGAGCUUGUUGCAGGUAGUGAUGAAGAUAUAUUACUUUCCAGUUACGCCAUGGUUGUAACUAGAGUUCCUGAAGAGAUGGACAAUCCAGAAACCGAAGGAUGGAAGGUGCUAGAAUUCGUCAGAGGUGGUUCUAGACAAUUCACUUGAUGCCAGAAACCUACUGGUAUCCUAUUUUUGACUAUUGGAUACGUCCAUAUCCGUAAAUAAUUACACACACCUUAUCUGUUUUAUAGUUUCUUAACCUGAAUGAAAAUAUUAUGACGAAAAAAUAAACCAAGGAAA